AUGCUUGACCCAGAUCAGAAAGAUGUCUCCAUGGACCUGGAAACAUACCAUGCCAUCAUGAAAGAGUGGAUUGAAGACUGUAAGAGAAAAUGGGAAGAUAGUGCCACUGAGGAAGCAACAGCAAGCAUGGAAGACCUGGAAUUUAAAGUGCAUAAAAACACCUCUGAAGCAAAAAAGACGCAUGUCAGGAUGAAUGUUACAUCAGGAAGCUUGGAGGCUUUUGGGGGUGAAGUGUCUAAAGGAGACAUGGAAACUUCUGACUUGAUAACUUGUGUUGCGGACCUGCAGUACAACAACCAGAAGCUUCAGGAAGAGAACAACAAGCUGAAGCUCACACUGGAAGCUGUGGAUGAGACCAACAAUAAACUAUUGGCAGAUAAUGAGGAUCUACGUCAACAAAUAAAAAGGUUUGGAGACCCUGAUGGCACCAGCAUCCAGCAUUCUGUGCUGAAAGCCAAAUCAUUGGAAGAAGAACUAGAAGAAGCAAAAAACAACCUGAACUUGUCAGAAGAGACGAGACGGCAGAUUCUCUGCCAGAAUAAACAGCUAAAUAUUAGGAAUAGCAUGGACACCGAUGGACUUCAAAAGAAGAUUUUGGAGCUGUCUAAAAAUGCAGCAGAGCUUCAAAUCCAAGCACAGAUCUAUGAGAACACUAUGGUAAAUAAAGAGGCAAGCUUGAUCCAGAAGGAGCAGGACAUCAAGGAACUGAAGUUAACCAUUGUGGAGUGUUCCUCAAUAAUAGAGAUUACCAAGACUGAAUGGACAUCUCUGGAUGAGACGCUGGACCGUGAAGUGCUGUUUUUACUUCAGGGACCUGAAUAUGUGGGAGAAAAAUUUAAGACUAUCAUGCAAAACCUGAAAGAGGAAGUUUCUGAAGCAGAGGAGCUUGUCAUGACUUUACAAUGGGUAAAAGAUCCUGAUGUGAACAUGCAACAGGCUUGGGAAAGAAAACUUGUGAAAGUGAUGCAUUUGGAAACUAAGCUAACAGAGGAUCAAGGAAGAACAAGAUUCUUCAACAAUAAAAGGCAACGUGAGUUAGAAACUGUCAAACAGUUGCACGAAGAAACUGCUGGCCAGGCAGAAGCCCUUGGUUUAGAGCUGCAAAAAGCUACGAAGCAGCUUGAGGAUGCCAGCAAACAGGCGGAGGAUCAAGUUGAAGCCUUUCACUCUGCUUGUGAGGAAGCCGCAUCCUUGAAAUGCAAGUUAGAGGAAGCCAUUUCUGAGCAGCAAAAUCUCAAGGAUAUGAAUGCAGCUCUAACAAGCACUUGCCAGUGGCUUCAAGAAAAGGUGGAAGACCAGAAAAGUUGCCUUGUUAUGGAGAAAAGAUCAUCCAAGCGCUCACGUGAAAAAGAGGAAGAGGUGCCAACUUCUGUAGCAGUGGAGAAAAACAACGAUAAGGAUCCAGCUGGUCCUGUAUCAGGAGUGGAUCUGACCAAGAAGGAAUUCUGCCCCGUGAUGGAUGAACACAAAACAGCAUUUCAGAACACUUUAAAGCAAGAUACGGAGGUGGACCAGGAAAAGAAAAACAAGAAAGAGCAGAGUGAGGAAGUGCCAGCUGUGGUUCCAAGUAGGAAAGGGAGUUCACCCACUGCAGGUGGCAUUAAAGGAGAUAAAACAAAGCAAAAUGAGCCUGACUCCCCUAAUGAGAAAGAAGUGGAGGCUGAAUUUCUGAGGUUGUCUUUAGGUUUUAAAUGUGACUUGUUUACCUUGGACAAGAGAGUGAGGCUUGAAGAAAGGUCCCGAGACUUGGCUGAAGAAAAUUUGAAAAAGGAGAUCACAAAUGCUCUGAAGAUGCUAGAGUCUUUAGUUCCUUUGUGUGAAGAAGAUAACCAAGCACAGGAGAUCAUUAAGAAGCUGCAGAAAAGCUUGCAGUUCCUUAGUCAGUAUGCAGCCCGAGUCGCCAGCAGAGCAGAGAUGUUGGGAGCUAUUAAUCAGGAGAGCCGUGUCAGCAAGGCUGUGGAAGUAAUGAUUCAACACGUGGAAAACCUGAAACGCAUGUAUGCAAAAGAACACGCAGAACUCGAGGAGCUGAAACAGGUCCUGCUCCAGAAUGAGAGAUCCUUUAGUUCUCUUGGAGAUCGAGAUGAAUCUACAAACAAAAAGCUACCAAAUUCUUUUAACUUUAAGCCAUCAUCAUCCCUACGAAGAGUUAGCAUUGCAACAUUGCCUAGGAGUGCUGGAAAUGCAGGUGUUGGGUUGCCGCUGGCCCAGCUCCAUGAACCUGAUGGAGAUGAACGGAGCGAUAAAUUCAACAGGAGAUCGAGCAGUUGGGGGCGACUAGGAGCAAAGCAAAAUGAGAAGCGUCCUUCACUACAGCGGUUCAUCAGCACGUAUUCCUGGGCAGAGUACGAAGACGAACAUUCUGAAACAAAAAAUGAGGAGUCGGAAUCACCUGCUGAAGUACAAGAACAACCAUCCAGGAAGGAAAGCGUCUCUGAAAAAGGAAAACAUUCAUCAAAAUGGAACCUAGAGUCAGCGUGCAAUUUAAUGUCAUCGUGGGUAUCCCAUUUCAAGACGUCCUUUUCCAACGCUAACAAAACUCUCUGGGUUUCUGUUUCCAUCCUGGUACUGCUUGCUGCUCUUACAAGCUUCCUCACCGGGCUGUCUCUUCAAAGACCAGCAGAUGCAGCACCUGUAGGAACUGGGGACUCCUGGACUUCACUACAGCAACUGUUGUGGCCAUAUACAGGACUUCAACACAACGGACCGCCCCCAGUAUAA